AUGAGACGGCUUGUGCUGUUUGGUUGGUGUGUCCUCAUUUUUUACUGGUUUUGCAUUAACAAUGGAGUUCAAGGUCAAUGUCCAUCAUAUUCACCCAACUUUGUUGUACAACAUGGCUAUCGUCUGUACGGACAUGUUAUUACCUGGCUGUAUGCUGAAAAGGAAGUUCUUUGUAGACUCAAAUGCAAUAUGGACAAACGGUGUUUGACAUUCAACUUCGAGGAGAGAACUCGGAUCUGUGAAUUGAACGACGCUGACCACAAAAAAGACCUUCGAAAGGCUCAAGGUUUUGUCUACGUUGAUAUUAAGAAGUCAACCAAGAAAUAUGAAGUCACUAGUACCAGCCCUUCUCAAACAACAUCCGGGCUAGAAACAGAUGCUAGUGCCAGUACUACUCCACCUACUAGUACCAGUACUACUCCAACCACCAGUAAUAUUCAAAUUUCCAGUCCAGAUGCUAGUGCCAGUACCACUCCACCCACUAGUACCAGUACCACUCCAACCACCAGUAAUAUUCAAACUUCCAGUCCAGAUGCUAGUUCCAGUACUACUCCACCCACCAGUACCAGUACUACUCAAACUACAAAAACGGAGACUAGUGCCAGUACUACUCAAACUACAAAAACGGAGACUAGUGCCAGUACCACUCACACUGCCAAUCCAGUUGUUAGUUCCAGUAUCACUCCACCCACCAGUACCAGUACUAUUACAACAACAAACUGGUCAGGUUCAAGUUCUUUUCUUGCUGGUCACUCGUGCAAGGGAAUCAAAGGUGAUUCUCGUGGAGAAUCUCGUAGAGAUGGAGAAUACUGGAUUGAUCCUGGGAACACUGGAAAACCCUUUACUGUCUACUGUGACAUGACUACUGAUGGAGACUAUUACAGCUCUGUUGACGUUGGGCUGAGAAUGGAGCUCUAUGAAUGUAAAGAUGAAGGAAUAUGUUCGUAUCCUCUUGGGAUGCAAAACAAAAGGAUUAAUGACAGUCAGAUUACAGCCUCUUCACAAUACAAGCUGCAUCCACCAUCAAAGGCAAGACUGAAUGAUCAAGGAUGGGUAUCUAAAUAUAACGACCAAAACCCAUGGCUUCAGAUUGAUUUACAUCAAAUAAAAAAGAUCAACGGUAUUGCCACGCAGGGAGAUGGAUACUAUUAG